UUGAAUACGAAAUUUGUUCGUACGAUAAUGAAUAAUGAUUUUUCGAUAAAAUUUGAGCCCUAGUUUACCACAUUAGCUAGAUAGAUAAAUUAAACGUGACAAUGGUUACUAUUAUAAAGAAUCAAUUGUUGAAACAUUUAUCAAGAUAUACAAAAAACCUGUCACCAGAGCAGAUAAAUCUGUCAGCAUUACGUGGCUCUGGUGAACUCCAAGAUCUAACCUUGGAUGAAGACCUAUUGACAGAUUUGUUAGAGCUGCCUGGAUGGGUGCGGUUGACCUCAGCAAAAUGUAACAAAGCCACAUUUAGAAUACAAUGGACGAAACUGAAGACAGUUCCCAUAGUUCUGAACCUGGACGAGGUUCACAUAGCCCUGGAGGUAUGCGAAGAGCCACGCACGAUGAACCCAAGCGCGGCCAGUGCCAUGCCAAUACCAGGCAAAUACAGCUAUAUACACAAGGUAAUCGACGGAAUCUCGGUGGCUGUGAAUCAGGUGCAAAUAGACUUCAACUGUGAUGCUUUCACCAGCAGUGUUCAGAUCUCAAGAGUGACAGUGGAGUCCCGGACGCCUGACGGCCGGAAAGGAGACCUAAGACUGACUAGAAUGAAGUCGCCAGACACCGGACAGUUGCUUAUAUUUAAGGAAUUGGAAUGGCAAAGUGCCCGAGUGGAAGCCAAGCCGCAUGGAGUGGCGGAUGCUGGUCUGCCGCCUCUUCGGUUGCUAUUGGGCAAUACACACUGUCGUAUCGUGAUCAAGAAAAGAUUAGCAGACUGCAGCGUGGUGGGGUCCCGGCUGGUGCUGCGGCCCGAGCCUGUGGCGUGGGCGCUCACGGACGGACAGCUGCGGGCCGCGCUCGCCUGCGCCGCGGCACUCGCGCAGCCCGUGCGCCGCGCCACCGCCGCCGCCACCCGGGCCAAGGCGCUGCGCAAGAUUGAAGAGCCACGUGAGCAAAUACAGAGCCGCCCGCCGACCGGUGACCGGGACCUCCUGGCGCGGAUGUUCGCCAAGCAUGACGUACGCGAGACCUCCUACCAUCUGCUAGCACCUAGGAUAGACCUGCAUCUGUGUGACGAUCCUGGCUUGGGCAGAUCCGAGAAGCCUUCGCUGAGUAACGGCGGCGCGCUGCAGGUGACGCUGGUCAGCAUGCAGGCGGACCUGUUCCCCUACCACAAGGCGUCCAACGACAGGCGGCACUGGAGAGGUUACAGGGAAACAGCAACUCCUCACAGUCAGUGGUUGUCACAAGCUCUGUCGUCGUUCUGUGGAACGCUACUCGAAUCAUUGGACCCUAGACCUAUUGUACCUAGUAAUAAGCAAGCAAGACAAUCCGAUAAGCCUGAGGAACCGGUGUCGAAUGGCAUCAGCCCCAAGCCGGCUGCCACACAGAACAGCGCUUCCAACGCUCCGUCCACUAAUUCUACUACCUCACAAGCUUCUCCCACGAGAACCCGUAUAUUGGAACAACUCGGCAAGUUGAUGACCACUUGCCUCGUACUCAGGAUAGACGACUUCACAGUCAACAAGGUAUCGACUGGUUUCCGGUCCCGGGAGGCGCCACGGCCACUCGUAGCGGCUGAGAAGGCCACGCUGCCAGGAGAUGCCGGUCUACUGCACGCUGAGUUCACAUUCUUCUACUAUCCCGGCGACGUAUGCUUCCCUGUGCCGGCGCCGAAGCUGUACGUGCAGGUGUCCCCGGUGCGCGUGUCGGUGGACGCGGGCAGCGUGGUGUGGCUGGCGGCCUUCGCGCCCCACGUGGGCCGCGCCCUGCUCACCGACGGCCUGGUGCCCCCGCCCGCAUCCGGCCCAGCAUCCGGCCCCGCACCAGUCGGACCCUACCUCGACGUACGGAUGGAGGCCAUCAUGCCCAAGUUGGUGUUGGAAGCAGGCUCGGAACACGUGCCCGCUCAGCGGGAUCGUCCUCGAGAGCUGCAUCUCUGCACGGCGCGCGCCACGCUUACCAACGUGCGGGAUUCGCCACGUGCCAACACAGCAGGCACCCGCGCGGACCUGGCGUCUAUCCUGGCGGCGUUGCGCAGGGCUGCGCCCCCGCGGGGACAGUUCCCAGCCUCCGCUGACGACCUCGACCCCAUACACGACCAGUUCGUGCUGCACGCCGACAACUUGGACGACAUUGAUCGAGGGAGCGCCAUCUCGUCAGAAAUGUUGUGGAGGGAGAAUAGGGCCGUGUGGUGUGUUCGAGUGGAACCAAUGUGGGCGGAUUUUUGCGGUGCACGCGCUACAAACUACAAACCCGCGCCGCUGCUCGAUGCCACACCUCUCACCGCCUGGAUGUGUUUUGAAGAGGGCUUCUCGCGGAUAUACGUGGUCGCGCGCACGUGUGGGCUAGCGGGCCUCCAACUCAACCACUACCAGAUGCUGUUCCUCAUGAGGCAGCUGGAGAGAAUCUCGGAGAUGAUGUCGUGGCUGGCACACGACGCUGCCAGACAGCCUGACGCUGAUGCUGGGUCGAUAGUUGUGGGCGUGGUGGUACCAGCAGUGGAACUGACUUUAGUACUACCGUCCAACUGUCCUGGACAGGAGUCUUCCAGGGACCUAGACAGUGUGCCACUCGACUCAUCCAGUUUGCAAGACAUGAAAAUGGGUUCAGAAGCGACAAUGGCGCCCUCUGUGAUAGACCGUGAUAGCGGUGUACUGGCCACAACGUCAGUAGAAGUCUUCUCAGCACAACCGUUACCAGCUGAAGAGAUGCCACCACCUAGUCCAGGGCUUAAUUUCGCAGGGCUGUCGUCGAUGCGGCGCGGGCUGACGUCGCUGGUGUCGUCCCUGGACGGCGCGCUGCGUGACGACGCCCGCAGCGACGCCGCCUCCACCGCCUCCUCCGACGAGGAGCGGUACGUGCUCGUCGGGCUCGCAGCGGAGUCGCCGGAUGACGCGGACGUCGCAUUCCGGGAGUUCGAGCAGGGUCGCGGGGGCGCGUCGUCGGGCGUGGAGGUGGCGGCCGAGGUGGUGGAGCGGUCCUCGUCGCCCAGCGACCACUCCCUCACCAGCUCGUGUCGCCGCCGAGACCUGAUAUCGACAUGCACGUGGCGUCUGAACAACAUCCACGUGGUGCAUCAGAGCGUCAAUGGCAAGUCCUGCAUGCGGCUGGCGGCCGACGACCUCAGGACCGACGAGUGCUCCUCUAUACCCUGGGAUGAGUUCCAGCACAAGUUCGCAAUGCGCGCGCGAGCUUUCUCGGAACCGCGCGAGAGUGCAGACCCGUGCGAAGAGCCGGCACCAAGAGAUGCACCCCGAAUUGCAGCCCGUCUGCUCAGGACUGAGCUGCCUCGCCAGCUAGACCAUAAGGGUGAACCCACUGGAUUAGCACCGUUUGAAGAAUUACUGGAGGCGCGCGUCCGCGACCUGAGCAUUGCUCUCAACAUGAGUACAGCCCUAGCACUCGCAGAGUUCAUAGAGGACGAAGUUAUCGUACCACCCAUGCCUUUAGAGGUAUUAAUAGACAACGUGAAGCUCCAUUUAAUAGAAGACCGGCUGACCCGUUCAAUAUCAUCUCCUCCACCACAACCACUCGACAUCGACCUGACCACGUUGAGGCUGACCAGAGACAACGCCGGGGUGGUCCGCCUCGGACCCCCAAUCUCCACACCAUCGACAAUAGCGUCCCCAGCCACCCCCCAGCCGCAACCAGAGCUGGAUGAAGCUAGAGAGAAGAUAGACAGGUUGAGUAGGGAGAACGAGGAAUUGAGGAAGAGAUUAGGGACACUGGCGAGGAUAGCUGAGGAUAAUAGGGAAUUGAGAGCCAAAUUAGAAGAGGCGUCGAUGCUACGGUCGUGUGUUCACGCUGCCCAGCAGGAGGCGGCCAGCUUGCUCGCAGACAAGCAACAGUUGCUGGACGCUAUGCGAGUCAUGCAGGAGCAGUUGAGCGGUUGUCGCGGAAAAAGAUAGCGGUCCCGAAGCGGUCAGCCGCACAGCUGUCUCGACUGUACCGCGUGUUGCGGCGAUCACCGCGCCUAACUGCCAACUGACCAGUGCCCAGUGCCCAGAUACGUACCAACACUAUGCAGUACCAAUACUAAGGACUAUAAAAACAGAGUGGAAACUUGAGCUCAAAGCAGUCAAACAAAAAGUUGAAUAUAAUACAAAUAUUUUAAUUGCAUCACAAAUUGAUUGGUCCUUCUGGGCCCUCUCCUACUGGAGGUCACCGAUCACCAUGUCAAUCAUAACCGUAUGGCAUUCUAGAAAAUUUUGGGUACAUGACAUCACUGUAUAAUAAUAAGGGUUUCCCUAACUAAACGAUGAUGUUUGCUCGUUGAACUGGACAUCGAGGCUGGAACAUCUUCCUCCUUUAAGGAAUUAAAGAAGGAGGAUACACCUGCAUUUUGUAUUGGGUUUUGAUUAUCUAGUUGCAAUAAUUAUGUAAUCUAUGAAAUAAUGUCAUAUUUUUACGACUGUCUCAAUUGCCACAAGAUUCUACUUGGAGAUUGAGAUAAACAUAAAAAUAUAUAAUCCACUUAUACCGUCAUAAAAGAUACAUCAAGAGAGUACUACUAAGAGAGAAAUUAUCAUCAAUUAUUGGUCGUCAAUUGUAUUGAUGAUGACCACACAUAGUUGCCGAAAAACGAAAAUACUACA